AUGACCUCCCUCACCACCCUUACCGAGCGCGAUGUCAUCAAAGUAUCCUCCCGCGUGAAGUGGACGAACCCAGGCAUCAUUAGCCUCGCACAGACUCUGCACAAGGUG